CCCAAAUUUCAUUGGCUCACCACAUCGAGCCACGCCUCUUACCGCGCAUCGAGCCGCCGACGAUGCGCGUUGUUUCACCUUGUUUCUUACAUCAUGUGGCAGACCAGGGGCCCUAUUCUUGAACAUAUAUCGCAUACGAAAAUGGCAGUUUCGUAUACGACUUUUAACAGUUGGUAUUCAUGAAUGAUUACUACGCGGUCGUAUUCGAAAAAUAUUAUGCGAUUUACAUCGUAUGGGUCAUGGCAUUCGAAAUAAAGAUUCGUAUGCGAUAAAUAACCAAAAUUUUAUAUAAUAGUAAAAAUUUCAUAUAACAAUGGCGGUUUUAAGAAGGUUAAUUAAUUUUAAUGUAAUAAAUGUUUUGGAAAAUGCAAACAUUGUGUUUGAAAAUAGAGAAAGAUUUCAACGUAAUGAUCCAUUUGAAUUAAAUAAUUUGGAGUUUAUGAGAUUAUUUCGUUUAAGUAAAGAUAUGGUACAAAGGGUAAUUGACAUAGUAGAGGAAUAUAGUGAUCCAAUUUCAAGAAGAUCAGCAUUAGAUGCGGAACAAAAGGUAUUUACUGCUCUUAGAUUUUAUGCAGUUGGAAGUUAUCAGUUAGGUAUUGGAUUCAAUGGAUAUAUUGGAGUUAGUCAAUCCUCUGUAAGUCGUUGUAUUCGAGAUGUAAACAUAGUACUCAAUCACCCCAAUGUGUUUAACGAAUGGGUUUAUUUUCCGAGGAAUUUAGAAGAGCUUACGACCAUACGUAAUGCAUUUUACACAGAAUAUGGAUUCCCAGGUGUCGUAGGAUGUAUAGACUGUACUCACGUGGCUAUAUUUCCACCCUCAAAGAACAAUGAAAUGUAUCCAGAACAUGUAUAUGUAAAUCGAAAAGGAUACCAUUCCAUAAAUACACAGUUAAUUUGUGAUUCAAGAAUGAAAAUUUUAAAUGUUAAUGCUCGAUAUCCUGGAAGUUGUCAUGAUAGUUUUAUCUGGAAUCAUUGCAAUGUUUUGCCAGUGAUGCAAACUUUACAUGCACGAGGGCAUGAUAAUUUUUAUUUGAUAGGUGAUUCAGGUUACGCGCUAAGACCAUGGCUUCUAACUCCACUGAAUGAUGUUCAACCGGCUACUCCAGAAGAACGUUAUAAUCAAUGUUUUAAAAGAACACGCUCAAUUAUUGAAAGAUGCAACGGAUUAUUAAAAAUGCGCUUUCGUUGCUUGUUGAAACACCGUGUACUUCAUUAUACUCCAAACGUGGCUUCUAAAAUUAUAAAUUCAUGUGUAGUUCUGCACAAUAUGUGUGUAGAAAAUAAUUUACCUCUUCCAGAUGAUGAUUAUGAUUUACAUAUGGAUUUUGGUAUGUUGAAUGAGAGACCAAUGGAAGUUGAAGCUGCUGUAGGGCGUUUAAAUCCUGAUCUUACAAAAGCAAGAGUAAUGCAACGCCGUAUAAUUAGAAAUUUUUUUCUUAAAUUAAAUAUAAAUCUAUCAAUAAUGCAAUAAUUAUAUAACAUUUUG